AUGUGUGAACAGCAGUCAGUGCCGUCCUUCCUACCUAUCCCCCAGUGCUGCGUGAAGGGUUCCACCUUCUGCCCCUUCCCAUCCGCCUGUGCCACAGGCCAGGUAGUGGUCCAGGAGCCUCAUGAGAUGCAAGUAGUGGAAUGCCCAGCACCGUGCCCAGUUCAAGUGUCACAGGUGGCAUGCCAGGCACCGUGCCAGUCCAAGACCACCCAAGUGAAGUCCCAAGCUCCAUGCCAGGCUCAGAGCACCCAGGUUACAGGCCAGGCUCCGGGCAUCCAGGCUUUAGGCCAGGCAGAGAGUAUUCAGGCUUCAUUCCAACCUGGCGUUUCCUACGUGCCCUGUGAAGCCCCAUGCCCCGUGCAGACUUGCUAUGUAAAAUGUGCUCCAGUUUGUUACACAGACACCUAUUACAUGAAAUGUCCAGUCGAGACCUAUGUACCCUACCCAGCUUCACAGCCUGUGCACACAUACGUGGAAUACUCCCCCAUGUGCCAGGCUCAGGGUGGAUUCUCCACCCAGGGGCAGUAUCAGGGCUCCUAUGGUACCUGCGGCCCUCAAAUCCAGUCGAGGGCGUCCUACAGUAGCUGUGGCCCCCAGACCCAGUCGAGGGCGUCCUACAGUGGCUGUACAUCCCACUGUGGCCCCCAGUUCCAGUCACGGGGGUCCUACAGCACCUGCGCCCCCCAGUUCCAGUCGCGGGCGUCCUACGGUAGCUGUGGCCCCCAGACCCAGUCGCGGGGGUCCUAUGGCGGCAGCUGUGCCCAGCAGCGCCAGUCUCGAGCCUCCUUCCGCACUUGUGCCCCACAGUGCCAGGCCCAGGGAUCCUAUGGGAGCUUCACUGCCCAGCGCCGGUCCCAAAGCGCUAGCAGAUGUCCCCCUCCUCGCCAGCUACAGCCUUCCUACCGCAGCUGCCCCCCGCCCUGGUACCGAGGGUCCCCCUACAGAGGCGGCCUGUCUGCAGGAUGCUCCCCGGACUCUUGCAACAACUGCACCCCGCCCCGCUGCUCUGAGCCCAUCUACCACAGCAGCUGUGCUGGCAGUCGCCCGUCGGGCCGCUCUCGGAGCUGUGGGCCCAAGUGCAGGAUCGAGAUUUCCUCCCCCUGCUGCCCAACGCAGGUCCCCCCACAGAGGACCCCGGUUCGGAUUCCCCCCAUUGGACGGUGCUCCGAGAGCUGCGCACCACGGCCCUCCUAUGGUGCUUCCUGUCCAGACUUGAGGCCACGUGAACUCCCAAGAUCCAGCUUCUGUCCGCCACCUCGCCGCCUCGACCCAUAUCCUGAGCCACCAGUGCAGCGAUGUCCCAUUCCGGCACCCCGUCCAUACCCGCGGCCAUGCCCAGUUCCUGCGCCCCGGGCAUAUCCGCGGCCAUGCCCAGAUCCCCGCCCGUGCCCUCCACCGCGCCGACGUUCAGAACCCUGUCUAUAUCCGGAACCUCAUCCGGAACCAUGCCGGGCGCCACGUCCUCGUCCAGUGCAGUGUGAGUCCCCAGAGCCGCGUCCCUACCCGCAGCCUUUCAACCGCUCAGAACCUUGUCCGUGUCCAGAGCCGAUUCCUCUGCCGGCGCCCUGCCGGAGUCCUGAGCCCUGUACGGAGCGCCACAGCUACCCCAAGCCAUGCCCGGGCCCGAAUCCAAGUUCAUGCCCCGGGGAUAUAAGCUGCCAUGAAUCCAACCCACACCGCCUAGACACUGAGAUCCCCAGCUGUGUCUCUGGUGGUUAUAACCAGGGCAGUGCCGGCUGCAGAUCCUGUGAUCUGGGGGGGUACGGAGACCAAGGAGACCACAGCAUUAGAGUGAAAGGUGGAGAUUGUAGUGGAGCAAAGGGCGCUUAUUUUUAA